UUACUGUUCCUCUGGUCAGUCAGAGUACUGCAGUAAUCAGAUUACCGUUCCCUCUGGUCAGUAAAGAGUACUUCAGUAAUCAGAUUACUGUUCCCUCUGGUCAGUAAAGAGUACUGCAGUAAUCAGGUGGAACUAGACCAGAUGGAACCGGAUCACGGAGAUCAGGUUCUUCACCUGCACCUCCAAUCAGAGAAGUCAGGAAAUAAUUUCACUGAAGGAGUUUAUUUAACAGAUCAGAACUUUUCAGUGAGCUUCAAGACGUCCAGAACCAGGACCAGAACCAGAACCAGAACCAGGAGCAGGAGCAGGAGCAGGAGCAGGAGCAGGACCAGAAUCAGGACCAGAACCAUGACCAGGACCAGGAUGUUACAUGUUGAUGUUUCUGUGCAGCACGCGUGUGUUUCCUUCUGUUGUGUUUGUAACAGGGCUUGACUGUAAACACUCAGCUGAUAACGGAGGUAACUACAGGUCACACACACACACAAACACACACACUCAGCACUCGGCUUUGCUCCCUUCCGGUAUUGGUCUGACGUCAGGGCGUGCUGGUUGUCAUGGUGACCGUAUAAACAGGGAGCGGCUCACGCUCAUAAAAGCCUGCAGGAGUCUCUGCUCUGUCUGAUCUGCGCGAGACGAAGAGAUGGACGGACAUCAGGUGAGCGUUCUGUGUCUACUGCUGGAGAUGAUAGUGAUUGGACGGAACACUGCGUCAUGUCCUCCCUGUCAACCAGGUUUCUUCUUGGUCCAGAACUGUUCCCUCCGUAGUGGUGGGGGUGGGGUGGGGAUCCGGUGUCAACCUUGCACUGACUGUUCAGGUAAACUCACCUGUUCAGGUAAACUCACCUGUUCAGCUACUCAUCAGGAAACUGAGGUUGAGUGCUCGAAGUUCUCCGAUUCUGUGUGCAGAAACCAAACCACCAGCGCCAUGACGGCAACAUCUGCAGGACCUCCAGUCUCUCCUCAUGACACGUGGCUCAUCCUCAGUGUGAUAUCUUUCUCCGUCUUCCUGAUCCUGCUGCUCAGUCUGUCUCUCGCCCUGCUGGCCUGCAGAAAGCAGCACGGCAACAAGCACCCUGGUCUGAAUGUGCCCUGACUGGCGAGGCUGCAGCUCUGAAGGAAAAUCAUUCCACCGUCUCCUCAGCGUCCCUGCUGGAGGAAGCUGAUCCAGGUGCUGAUCCAAGUCCUCAUCCAGGUGCUGAUCCAUUUCCGGAUCCAAGUCCUCAUCAAGGUGCUGAUUCAAGUCCUGAUUCAGGUCCUGAUCUAGUUGCUGAUCCAGGUCCUGAUCCAGAUCGCCACAACCCAGGACCUAGGGUGAAAGAACAUCUGUAGUCCAGGUGUUGACCAGGCCCAGUCCAGUCUGACCGCCUGAGUACAGGUGAAGCUGCUUUAGUCCAGGUGUAGUUCAGGUCUAGUUGGUUUAGUCCAGGUGUAGAUGGUUUAGUCCAGAUGUAGUUCAGGUCUAGUUGGUUUAGUCCAGGUGUAGAUGGUUUAGUCCAGAUGUAGUUCAGGUCUCGUUGGUUUAGUCCAGGUGUAGUUGGUUUAGUCCAGGUGUAGUUCAGGUCUCGUUGGUUUAGUCCAGGUGUAGUUGGUUUAGUCCAGGUGUAGUUCAGGUCUCGUUGGUUUAGUCCAGGUGUAGUUGGUUUAGUCCAGGUGUAGAUGGUUUAGUCCAGGUGUAGUUCAGGUCUAGUUGGUUUAGUCCAGGUGUAGAUGGUUUAGUCCAGGUGUAGUUCAGGUCUAGUUGGUUUAGUCCAGGUGUAGUUGGUUUAGUCCAGGUGUAGAUGGUUUAGUCCAGCUCUUGGUCCAGACAUUUCAGAAGCAGUCUAGCAUAAGCAGACCUGUGUCUUUUGUUAGCCAAUCAGAUGGAAGAACCUGUGUGCUGUGACCUCACCGUGUGCAGAGUGUCAUACAUGUAGUUUCUGUCAGAGACACGUUGUCUCCUCCUGCUGGUGGACUCUCCUCUAGAAGUCCUGCAGAUGUUCGGUUCUCCAGUUUCCCAGAAUGCACCUGUCUUCCUGCACAGUCGCAGCAGCCGAGAGGAAAAUCAGUGGAAUGAUCCUUUAUCUGUAUUCAUGUAUGUGUGAGACGUAACCAUGGUAACAGCUUAUUUGACAACAUUAGUUUACUGGGAUCACAGUAACUGCAGUCUACUGUAGCCAUGGUUACAGCAGUUAAACAUAACCAUGGUAACAGUUUUAUUCAUGUUUAUAUGAUCAUACAGCUAUGAUAUUUAGUUUAUUUAUGUUAUUAUUAACAUACAGCUGUUAUAUUUAGUUUUAAUAUUUUUAUUAACAUACAGCUAUGAUAUUUAGUUUAUUUAUGUUAUUAUUAACAUACAGCUGUUAUAUUUAGUUUUAAUAUUUUUAUUAUCAUACAGCUGUUAUAUUUAGUUUAUUUAUGUUAUCAUACAGCUGUUA